AUAAUCAUACAUAGGUUUUGUUUGUUUCUGAAAGCAUUCGAAAAAAACUUUGCCCUGAUGUUGGUUGCUGGGGCAACUAAAUAGUAUAUUUACACAUUUAAAUAUAUAUAUAAUAUAUUUAGCGGUAGUCUUUGGCAACCGUUCGUUGUUGACCGGUAAAAUACGAUUUAAUAAUCGACCCAGAAGUGGCCUAGAGAACAGAGCGAUAGACGAAUAUUUUUAUCUAUUAUAAUUAUAAAUAAUAUUUAAUUACUUGAAGGUCUUGAAAAAACAAAGAAGCAACCGAAAGAGACAAAACUUCAAAAUGCCGCCAAAGGGUAAAAAGGGCAAAAAGGGCAAGAAGAUGCCAGUUCUCAUCGAUGGCGUAGACACCUCCUCGAUGACACGUGAUCAAUUGGAGGCGUUCGCCCUGCGCCUUAAGGCUGAAAUGGAUCGCGAAAGGGAGGAGCGCAAUUACUUCCAGCUGGAACGUGACAAAAUUCGGACAUUUUGGGAGAUCACGAGGCAGCAGUUGGACGAGGCCCGAUAUGAGCUGCAGCAAAAGGACAAAGAGAUCGAAGCCACUCAAGACUUGGCCGAUGUAGACACAAAGCAUGUGAUGCAACAAAUGAAACAUUUGCAAUUCGAGAAUCACAAUAAGCUGGGGGAAGUGCGAGCCGAGGCCAUGACACAAUUGAAACUGGCCCAAGAGCAUCAUGUCCUGCAGGAGCAGGAGCUGCAGCGGGAUAAGCGACAGUUGCGCCGUAUGCUACGUGAGCGCGCCGAAAUGAAUGAAAUGCAAUUGCGACAGAUGGAAGCCCACUUCAAUGAGAAAUUGCUGGAACAACAACUGGGAUUCGAACAGGAACGCAAGGACAAUGAAAUGCUGCACGAGGAGAAAAUGAUGGAGCAAAAAUCAAAAAUGGAUCUUUUUUAUAAUACCCAAAUGUUUGAGGUGGAAGAGCGUAAGAAUCAGCAGAUCAAAGAUCUUCAGGAUCAUCAUGAUUUGGCGUUCAAUGACAUGAAAAACUACUACAAUGACAUCACUCUCAAUAAUUUGGCGCUAAUCGGCAGCAUGAAGGAGCAAUUAGAGCAUUUGCGUAAGCAAGCUGAACGCAGCGAUCGAGUUGCCUCAGAAACACAGCAGGAGAACCGACGUCUCAAGGAGCCACUGGACCACGCCAACAUUCAGUUAAACGAAAUGCGACGAAAGCUGGAAUUCUAUGAACGCGAUAAACAGCAAUUGAGCCGCCUUAAAACGCGCAACGUGCACCUCGAAAAGAAGGUUAAAGGGCUGACUUGGGAGGCUGAGACUCUCAUAUUGCGCAACGAUGCUCUGGUCAGCGAACGCGAAGGACUCAAGGAGCGCUUCAAUGAGGUGAUCGUUGAGUUGCAGCAAAAGACGGGACUCAAGAAUGUUUUGCUCGAGCGCAAGAUAGCCGCACUUAUGCGUGAGGAUGAAAAACGUACGAUCAUUAUGCAGGAGACCAUUGCCACUUGUGCUCCCAACAUGGCUGAAAAACUGAACAGCCUCGAUGAACGCGUCGGCGAUAUCAUCGAUCAGAAGAACCAAAUCAUUAUCGACUUGCGCUAUGAAGUGGCCAAGGCCCGAAAGGCCCACGACGAUCUGCUGGAGACAUACGAGUGCAAAUUGAAGCAAUAUGGUGUGCCCGCCGACGAAUUGGGCUUUAAUACAAUGCGCGAUCGGCAAGAUGAUCAGCUUUAUAUGUGCGGCCCCGCGGGACUGGUCACAAAGAACAAAUAGAUCCACCGACUGACACAUCCACACACAUCUGAAUAGACCUAAAUUUGUGGUGACCCUUUUUUCGUAACUUCCCGAUUUAUGUUCAAAUAUAUAAUAUAAUAUACAUAUAUUAAUUGUAAAUUCCAA